AGGGUUAUGACACAAUGGUGGGUGACAAAGGCGCUCUUAUAUCAGGAGGACAAAAACAGAGAAUUGCCAUUGCACGAGCAUUGGUUCGUGAUCCUAAAAUACUUUUACUGGAUGAAGCAACUUCAGCCUUGGAUACGGAGAGUGAAAAGGUGAAACUGAUGCUACUUGUUGAAAUAUUUAUUCAAGACAUGUCUUCUGGAUUUUCUAAUAAUCUAUACAGUGAACGAGAUAGUACAGUGCAUAGUGGUGAAAGGUGGUUAUUUGGGUAACUAAAUUGUUCACUCUAUGUGUUUGGUGGCAACAACAAACUGCUCACUCGAAUAAGUGUCAAUACAUUUGAGGUUAGGUUACCGUCAACCCAUAAUAGAUAGCUUAAGAUCUACGACGUCGACGUCAGCUAGGACGUCAGGGCUAAGCAGAGGACUGGGACUACAUUAGGACGACAUCCUAGUCCCAGUCCUCUACAUAGCCCUGACGUCCUAGCUGACGUCGACGUUGUAGAUCUUAAGCUAUCUAAUGUCUUUUUACAGGUUGUGCAGCAAGCCUUGGACAACGCAAGUGUUGGUCGAACAACAUUGGUAAUAGCACAUCGUCUGUCAACCAUUCAACAUGCGGACUGUAUUGUUGUAAUCAGACGAGGUCGGGCUGUAGAACGUGGAACUCAUGAACAACUUUUAGCUAUGAAAGGAAUUUAUUAUGCUUUACAUAAUGUACAAUCCAUGUCUCAGAAGUAGAUCUUUCAGGAAGACUACAAGAACAUGUUGGUCGUAUGGUAUGCCUGUAUCAUAAACACGAAGGCUUUUUUAGACCC